UCUGGCUGCUGAUUCUAGACUUCCAUCCUUCUGCGGUGGCCCUAGCCUCUCUUUGAACAUCAUCUCUGACUCACCUCUUUCUUCUCAGCUUCUUUUUUUCAGAUAGAUUUUUCUUUACUUUCAUUUAAAAGAACUUUCGUUACAUUUUCUGGUAGUCUCUCAUUCCCUCAGCACUGUGGACUAGUGUCAUCGUGGACUGAGUUUAACACCUGGUCUGUGAGAAACGCCUCUGUUCCCUCUUCAUCACUAUAACUGAGUCGUACUGUGCACUUCAGGUAUGUAUUCAGUCACUGAAUAUGCUCGCAUGUGUAUUUGUUUUUCUUUGUUGCCACCUUGUGUUACUUUCUGAAGACUUUUUGACAUCCCCUAAAAUUCCACAUGUUAUUGUGUCCGUGUCCAGUCCGCGUGCAGACUUUUUGUAAAGUUGUUCAAACUCAGUCAAGUUGGGACACACUUAGUGGAGUGCAUGCCGGUGCCUAGAAAUAGCACCGGGGACCUCCGCUGCAGAGCCAAAUUGGCUCUCUGGUUUGUUUUGUGUGACUGAUGAAGCAUAUCUCUAAGCUGCAAUUUUCUAGUGUGUUUGAUCGCGAAAUAGAGAAGUGGGAGAAACUGGAACGAUGCCGGGUUCUAGCGUAGUGUCAGAGUGUGAUGACUUUGAAUUAAUUUUUAAUGCUGAUGUGGUGUUUCAUAGAAGAAAGUGUUAUGGGGAUUUAUACUGUAAUAACGAUGUGUGUGGGCUGCUUUAAUAGGCAGUCCGCAUUACGUGCAAUUUUACUUAUUUGGUCUUCCCUGUCUUCUCUUCCUCUAAGCCUUUAAUCAUCCAAGUUGUUCCUAUAUUAUCUCAGUCAAAGUUGUCCUCGCUGGAUUGACUCUUGAGCCUCAUGCCACGUCUGUGUUCUGAUAUUACUUUGCAGCUGCAUUCUAAGCGCUGUAUCCGCUUUUAAGAUAAAUAAUUUUACGCCGGUAAUAUCCGUAAGCACUCUCUCGCUCAGCAUCACAAAGUCACACGGGGGUGGGGACGUAGGAGCGAAAGGCAGCAAACCCAGAGCGCGCUGGAGAGCCAGUGUGACGGAAAAGUACUGAGAGGCUGACAAAUUAGAUGCGUGUAUUGGUGUCUGCGAUGGGGACGGAAGGCGGAGGCAUGCGAAAAAUGCCACUGUGACAGGCGUCUGCACACGAGAAUGUAAAACAAUGUUGGACCAAAAAAAAAAAAAACCCAAACAAAACAGAAAAACAGAAAGAAAAAAAAGGCAGCAACAGGUCUGCUCUGUGUCAGCUGAACCCGCUGCAUUUAGCUCACGACAAAGCGCUGAUGUAUCGUGAGAUGCCCGACCUGCAGUAAAUCUGCUGCUACUCAACCACUGAAGACGGGGGACAACAUCUGUCCACCAUCUUCAUCAGUGCUGCCGAGUGUUAUGGACACAAAAGUAGUUCAAGAUGGCUCUCAAUAUACCAGGCCUGGUGGUGAUGGCGCUGUUUUACCUGCUCAUCUUGGGCACGGGCAUCUGGGCAUCCUUGCGUUCCAAAAAGGAGGAGAAAAAAUGCACAGGAGACGGCAUGGAGAUAACUCUACUGGCUGGACGCAAUAUCAACUUACUAGUUGGUAUCUUCACACUUACUGCUACAUGGGUUGGUGGAGGCUUCAUCCUGGGUAUAGCUGAAGCAACAUACAACCCAACACUAGGCGCAGUUUGGGCACUCAUGCCUGUGCCCUAUGUCCUGACCUUCUUCUUAGGUGGCUUUUUCUUUGCCAAGCCAAUGAGAGAGAACAAGUAUGUGACAAUGAUGGAUCCUUUCCAAAAGAAGUAUGGGAAUGUCCUUGCAAGUGCACUGAUCUUUCCUGCACUGGUUGCAGACGUGCUGUGGGUGGCACGCACACUUGUCAGCCUGGGUGGAACCAUGAGCGUGAUCCUGGACCUGCCCUAUGUCUACUCCAUCAUCAUCUCCUCAGUGGUGGCCAUAAUCUACACACUGCUGGGGGGGCUCUACUCUGUGGCUUACACAGACGUCAUCCAGCUGAUCCUCAUCUUCAUCAGCCUGUGGGUGUGCGUCCCUUUCAUGAUGACCAACCCUCACUCUGUGGACAUCUCGCUGACUGCAUACAACGCAACUUUCCAGGCUCCUUGGGUCGGCACCGUGGAGCUCGAUGAGGCGGGCAAGUGGUUCGAUGACUUCAUGCUGCUGGCUCUGGGCGGUUUGGCCUACCAGGCGUUCUACCAAAGGAUCCUGUCCUCCUCAUCUUACACCCAGGCUCAAGUGACCUGCUUCGCCUCUUCGGCCUGCUGCCUGGUGCUCGGUAUCCCCUCAGUCCUGAUCGGGGCUGUGGCUGCAUCUACAGAUUGGAACUCAACCUCUUAUGGAUUGCCCACCCCGUACGAGCGCGACCAGGCAGGAUCCAUCCUCCCCAUCGCUCUGCAGUACCUCACACCCCCCUACGUCUCUGUCAUUGGCAUUGGGGCUGUAGCUGCCGCUGUCAUGUCCUCCAUGGACUCGGCCCUGCUAUCCUCUGCCUCGUUGUUCUCCUCAAAUAUCUACAAGAACAUCAUCAGGAAGCAGGCUUCAGACUGUGAGAUGCAGUGGGUCAUCCGUAUCUCCGUGGUGGUCGUGGGUCUGGCUGGCACCGGCCUCACCUUCCUGGACAGUAGCGUCCUGGUGUUCUGGCUUGUCGGCGUGGACAUGUCCUACACCAUAAUGUUCCCUCAGCUGGUCUGCAUCCUCUUCUUCAAGGUCUCCAACGGUUACGGCGCCAUCGUGGGCUACAUAAUGGGGCUCGUCAUGAGGAUCCUGAGCGGCGAGCCCCUCAUUGGCCUCCCACCAGCCAUCCAGUUCCCCGGCUGCCGGCUGGACAAAGAGGGAAAGCUAACCCAGUACUUUCCCUUCCGUACCGCCAUCAUGCUCAUCUCUCUAAUGUCUAUUCUCCUUGUUUCAUUGUUGGCGUCCAUCAUUUUCAACAAGGGCCUGCUGCCGGAGAAGUGGGAUGUGUUUAAUGUCAAACGCAGGCAGAGAGCAACAUCCAAGGUCGCACACGUUAAGAGGACCAACUCAGAAAAGGAAGAGGCUGCCGUGGCCAAGCAGCUGCUGGACACCACCAGCUGCUGAGAAGUCUCACAACAAGGGGGAGAAAGGGUGGGCGCCGGCUGGAGGCAUGUUUGUCUGCCGGCUGGGCACGAUUUCACAGAGGGGGAACAGCAGCAAAGGCUGGAUGCUUUAUACAGUUUGUACAGCACUGCUGACACAACAGCAGCAGAUAUGAGCUGAGCUCUCUGGUACCCGACCUAUGAGCUGUUGUCUUCUAAAGAAAAUACAGUAAAAAAAAAUAGGCUUCCUGGCUAAAAGCCAUAAGCCUGUGUCGUAUAAAUAGCCACAAUAAUAACAUUCACACAGACCCAGAAUAAAAUGUUGCAGUUUGUGCUGCAUUCUAUUUAAAUCAUUAGUCAUUACUUAAAAUGGAAACAAAUUACAUACAGUUCAUUAAAACCAUUUCAUUUUUUCUUUUUUGCUACAAGCUUACAGUAGUUCACUUUCACAAGCACACUUUGACAGGUUGAGCUGCUGCCCAGACCUGAAUUUUCCUUUCCUAACGACCACCAGCACUGUGGUAAAAAGACACUUGCACAAAAAAGAGACUUUGCACAAAAGGAAUAAUCAGUCCUCCAGGACGUUGACGAUUAUAACAACACACAAAUAGUAUGUUGUUAUUUAUUAACAUUUCACAUAGUCAUAUGAUCUGCAUCGCAGCGCUGUGCAGCGGGUGCCGCUACCUUUCCUCUGAUUGUCAGCAGGACGCGGCUCUUUCACAUAGAACAAAGAAGUGUCACCCUGAGAACAAAGAACGAGUGAACGUUUUGCACGGCUUCAUAUGAGAAAGAUGUUUAGACAGUUCAUUUCAUCAUCAUCUCCUUCCUUUAUUCACUAAGGCUGCCUCAAGUCCAAUAAUGCAGCAACAGCAACUCUCCUCAUCUUGCUAGUUAGGUUAAUUUUAAGUCAGCUGAUAAGCUCGGCUGCAGCGCAGUGCUGGAGGUGCUGAGAAAUAAUAAAACUCAUGAAAUGGCAACAGAAACACUGAUGGAAGUGACACCAGCACUAUCUCGUGCUUUUUAAACGUCCCAUUUUUUCCUCCCCCCUCCUUGUUUGCUGAAUGAUGAGUUUUGGUGUAAAGAAAAACAGGGGGAGAUGAAACUGUACACCCGCUUCGCUCAAAUGCAUUUCACAAAAUAACUGAGUGUAGCAGUUUAUUCCACGACUGCGCAGAGAAGUCGCCCAACAUCUCCCUCGUUUUCCUCCUCGCUCAUUCCUCUUUCUCACGUUUUUAUUUUUUCUCCAAGAGUACGGGAGAAGUGCCUUUCCCUUUUUUGGUUUUUAACGUACUGUCGUUUUUUUGUAACUGUAUGCAAAGCUGUAGUUUACUGUGGGAUCAUUUUUUCUCUGAGGCAGUGCAAAUGUUUGCAGCUAAGAUUCAGAGAAUUGAAAGUUUUACAGCAGUACAAAUUCUACUCCCUUUUAUUGAUGAUUUGAUUUUUAAGACUGUGUAAUGUUUUUUGUUGUGUGUUUUAUGUGCACUAGAUGCCUGGUAGUAGCAGGAAGCCUUCCUCUGCCAUGCUGUUGCCUUUGAUGUCACUGGAAACCUGUUUUACUAAAUUGUUGAUUGUGUAAUUCACAGACUAAAACUUUCAUAUACGCUAGUCACUGCUCUUAUAGCUCAUAGUGGUAUUGUUGUUUUUCAAGUAUACAAAACGUUACAUUUUUUGGCUUCUAUCCAACAGUGUGAAUGUGAACGAGCCGUCAAAAAGAAGAAAAAAAGCAAAGACAGAUGAGGACAUGCAGGAUAUGAUGCAUGUGUCUUUUUAUACGUGCGAUUGUGAUUCCUACUUGUAUUAUUACUCUUGUGCUGUAAAUUCUGAUCAUAAUUUGUAUUUCUACACUUUCUAUUUUUUAUCAGUUGUUCGCUUAGGUGCAGAGUAGAAAACUUUAUCUCAAGUUAGCAAAAUAAUAUAUAAAUUCACCUUUGAUUUUGCAGAACAUGAAUAUAAAUAUAGAAUUUCAACAGGUGUUGAUGAACUUUCGAGAGCAGUGAUUGUGAACACGUGUGGAGAAACUGUACGUGCCUACAUGAGCACUCCUGUCCCGACAGCCUCAGAUUACGUCCACAUGACGUGAUCUGAAAGGAAACUCAGCAGCCGUCCUCGGGAGGCUGUCUCCGGUCCAGUGAAGGGUGGCACAGCCUUACAAAAAGAACGUUUUAAAAAUGCUGCGUACGUUUGUCGUGGCUUUCAUUUCAGUUGCGUGUUGGUCGAACAGCUCUAAAAGUGCUGGACAGUGGUGUUUGUAUUACAGUGUGAGUUCUAUAUUGUAUUUUGUCCCCUAAACAUGUAUUUGGUUUUAUACUAUCAUGCAUGUCAUUUACUGAGUUGUUUGUAUACUGAACUUUUGUGAAGACUGUUCUCUUCUUGCCAUUUGGCAAGGUCCUACUUUGUCAUCAGUUAAUGUAAAUCCCCAUGGGCUGAUGUUCUGUCAGAAUAAAGGAUGAAACCAAA